GUAAACCCUCUUUUGGUACAAGAAGCCAGCAUGUAUCCAGCUUCCCUGAGGAGCAACAAUAACCAUCUGGCAGCUCAAACCUUUGUCUCCACAGCACCUUAUGCAGAUUGCAUGGCUUAUCAUCAUUUACCAAGUGUGGAAAACCAUGGACAGUCUUUGGGAAGCUGGGGGUCUCAUUAUGGCCUGCAAAGGGAGGACUGGCAUGCGUACGGUCAAGGACCCUCCAGCGCGGAUACUUCUUCACAAAUGAAUGGUUUGUCUCCUGGGCAGGUUCCUUACAGUGCUGCCAAUUACAACUCCCCAAGUCUUGCUGGUGCUGCAGUUUUGCCUUCUGUAGAUACAUUUAAUACAGUUCAUCUCUCUCCCCACAAUCAAAGACACAGUUCAUCUUAUGAAUGGAUGAGGAAAACUAUGUCAGCUAACAAUGCAGGGAAAACAAGAACAAAAGAAAAGUAUCGGGUUGUUUACACUGAUCAGCAGCGACUAGAGUUGGAAAAAGAAUUCUACUGCAACAGAUACAUAACAAUAAGAAGGAAGGCUGAACUUGCAGGAAACUUGGGACUAUCGGAGAGACAGGUAAAAAUCUGGUUCCAGAAUCGCCGAGCCAAGGAGAGGAAAAUGAUCAAGAAGAAAAUAUCUCAAUUCGAUGGAAGUGGCGGUUCGGUUCAGAGUGACUCAGGCUCUGUCAGCCCAGCAGAACUGCCUGCCCCUUUACUCCCACAGCCACAUAUGAUUGAUGGGUUGCAGCCUAUUGAGAUGCAGCAGGUCAUAGCUGCUGAGUGA